CGUAAAGUAAACAGACAGGCGGCUAAAGCGGCAGCGGGAAAACCGAGAAAAGCAGGAAAAGCAGCAGCCGUGCAACCGAAGGCAGGACAACAACAGCAGCGACUGGCAGGCGAGUCCCACGCUGCCGUCCCAUCAGUUGAACUUUGACCACGACGGUAACGGGUUCGGUGCGGUGCAGUUUUUUCAAGCGGGCUUAGUGCGGUCAACGCGGCGUAUGCGCAACGUCCACACAACGUGGUCAGUUUUUGCGGAACAAUAAGUGAUGAAUUUCCAAUGCGAAGGCAUAUGGCAGCCACGUGCUCCCAGCUAAAAUGUGACUAAAGGAUUACACGAAAAAAAGGCCACACAAAAAAACGACAUUAAAACAAUUGAAAUUCCCGUAAUUAAAACAUGAAAAUUAAUUGCAAAUGGCGCUUAGCAAUGUGGUCGCUUAAAAUGUGCAUAAAUCAACGCAGAAAUUGCAUUUAAUUAAGUUUGAAAUAACAAAAAAAAAAAUCCGAGUAGUAGUGAGGGUGGAAAAAAACAAUUAGAACCGGAGGGAAAAACGUUUCAAUUAAAGGCAAUGUCAUCCAAUUGAAAUGCAAGUGCAGUGACAAAUAAAAUGAAAUUAAAGCGCUGAUAAAUUGAAUCAGAAAUGCAAAACAAUUGACAGCAACAACAAGCGGGAAAAGAGUGCAACAACCACAGCAGCAAACAGCAUCACUAACAACAACAACAAUAACAACCACAACAAAAGCAACAACAACAGCAACAAUAUGCCGGCAUCAAGUGGAUUAUAUCGCAUCAAGCACGGCCGUGUCCUUGACAGGCUGCAAAAACCCACGGCACUUAUUUUUAUUAUAGCAUACAUUGCGGCAUGCGGCGUUUGCGACCACACAGCAUCGGCAUCUCCGUCAUCACUGGAGGGAAAAUCAGAGGCCUCCUCCAUGGCGACGCCGGCGAGCGACUCGUCGUCGAGGCAUAUAAAUCAAAAUUUAAUUAUGUCGCAGGCCAAGGAGGCGGCAGGAGUGGCAGGAGAGCCCGUGCCCGUGCCACAGCCGUACGGCCAGAGUGCCUCAUCCGGCGGUGGCGGCGGGGGAAGCAGCAUCACCAGCUUCGACUCCUCCAACGUGAUCGAUGGCCACAGCCAGAGCCUGCCCACUCACCAGCCGCCUCACCUGCAGGACACGCACUCGCACUCGCAGUCCAGGAUCCAGGCGAAGGAUACGGCAGGACCCUAUCCCAUCCCGGUCCACCGGCCGGAGCCCGUGGAGAACCACCUGGAGGCGGGCAACGGCAUCGAGGGCGGCGGCCUGGAGAACCUCUUCGGCACGCCCAUGUACUUCGGCACCGAGAACUCGACGGUGGUCACCACCCAGAUCGGAGCCACCGCCCACGUGCCCUGCACCGUCCACCACAUCGGCGAGGGGGUGGUAUCGUGGAUACGUAAAAAGGAUUAUCAUCUGCUUACGGUCGGCUUAACAACCUACAGCAGCGAUGAGCGGUUCAGCGCCACGCACUUGAAGCAUUCCGAGGAUUGGACACUGCAAAUCAAAUUCGUGCAGCUACGUGACGCCGGCGUCUACGAGUGCCAGGUGUCCACCCAUCCGCCCACCUCGAUUUUCCUGCACCUGAGCGUCGUCGAAGCCCGCGCCGAGAUCACGGGUCCUCCGAUUCGAUACCUCACGCCGGGCUCAACGCUGCGGCUGCAAUGCCGCGUGGUGCAGAAUACGGAGGCCUCCGAGUAUAUAUUCUGGUAUCACGACAACCGCAUGAUUAACUACGACAUUGAUCGGGGCAUUAAUGUGUCAACGGAGCCAGACUUUCAAUCAUCGGAGCUUACCAUUCAGCGGACUCGACGCGAGCACUCGGGGAACUUCACCUGCGUCGCCAGCAACACGCAACCAGCCAGCGUCCUGGUGCACAUCUUCAAGGGCGACAAUCCGGCAGCCAUGUAUCACGGCCACGUGGGCGGAUCCACGAAGACAAUGCAGUCCCAGCUGCAUAUGAUUAUGAUAAUCAUUGCCAGCGGCUAUCGGAUAUUCCACACGAGUGUAUAUAUGAAGAUCGUGUAAGUCCCUGCAUCCGCGCCGCAUAAGGAUUCAUUUGUAACUACGUCAUGGGCCGCGGAAGGACGAAGCUGGAUGCCCGGUUCCCUAGUCUUACAUUAGUUACUUCUCCACUACUUGCUAACAUACGUACUACCAAACACCUUACACCUAACACCUAACGCCUAAGCCAGAACUAUCAGACGAGCGAAUCCAACUAAGGAACCCAAUCUUUCUCUACAUAGCAGGUGUGCAUGUAAAGCAGGCAACACUCCCCUUUUAUAUGUAUGUGUGUGUGUGUGUGUUUCGUUAAUGUGUAAGUGUCAUACUUAACCACAGGAUGCAGCUUGUGCCGCACAUGUAUUAUAAAAAGGUCGACUUUGCAGACCACCCAAAGAAAUCCCAGAGAGCCUGGCAAAUAUUUUGUGUCACUUCAAGGAUCCCCAGAAGGAAAACCCAGUUAUUUCGUAGUUCGGAUCCUGAAUGUGCUAGCGAGCUCAAUAUUAAGAACUGACGUGCAUUUCCAACCUAGAAUUCAUAGUUUUACAAGUCCCAGUCUACGGUUAAGAAUCUAUAGUUUCAGCCGCAAACACUCAAUCAUUUGACCCUGAUUUAUGCUGCAUUGUACAGACAACCACUUAACUAAUUAAAUGGAUUUAGCUAAAGGAAUUUGGUUUUACUCGAGAAAUUGCCCUUCGAAGAACUUUCAGAUUAAGCUGUAAAUAAAUUAUUUGUUAAAGUAAAUUACAUAAAUAAACUACUACGGUUAAGAGUGGCAAACGGUUAUUUGCAAGAUCUGCAAACAAAUUUAGGAGAGGAAGGCAAAGUUUAAAGGUAUUGCAACAUUUGGCAACAAGUUGUUAAUCAAAAGAGGAUAAACCAAAAACAGAAGCGAACAGAGUAAUCAAAAUAAACUAAUUGUCUAACAUAAGGAUAUUUAGCAAUUUUUAAUUAGUGGACAUAACUUUUAACUGUCUUAGCAAUGUGCAAACACGAAGCAUUGGCGACUAACUAGUGAGAGGAGAGCUCAAUCAAAAGCGAUUGAACUAAGCUUCUAAUGAUUGUAUGUAAAUAUCGAUUUGUGCAGCAGAGAAAUGAUUUCUAGCCCGUAAGUCUGUGUAGUUAAAUGUAACGAAAAUUACCAAGCAAAAACACAAAAAACAGAAAAACCAUCAUGAGAAAACUGAACAAAUAAAACAUAAUAAAAUUAUGCAAAAUACAAAACCAA